AUGGAAGCCUCAUCUGACACCAAACCAGCUACCCCGACUUCGCUUCCUCAGCAGAAACAGCCUGAUGCUCCACCUAUCGUCGGGAGCACUCCUGAGAGUAACGGAGCUGCUCAUCCCACCCAAGAUGAUGCUCCGCAGCGUACUUCGGCUCUGACCAAGUUUCUCGAAGAUGAUGCUAACGAGAGGGUCGUAUUAUCUCUCGAUGAAUUUGUGACCCUCAUUCUCGAUCUUCCAGCUGAAUGGAAGAUCAAAGAGGAUUUCAGCCUGCUGCCGGAAACCAAAGCAGUAACAGAGGCGUUCGAAGCAUAUUUAAAGGUUGUGAUAAAAAUAGCGGAGGGUACAAGAAAGAAGUGGAAGAAUGCGGCAACGAACGAGCUCACAAAAGUCUUGGAUACGUUGAAAGGUGGGGAGGGACUUGGACAGUUAAGCAGAGAGAUUGACGAGGAGGUCUUCCGUGUUGAAGAGCCUCACCUAGUAUUGGAUUCACUGUUGAAGAGAAAGCCAGGCUUGGGUGGAAUAUACAGUCAGGUGUUAGAACUCACAGAGAACAAGAAACUCUCAACAUACCUCGCAGAGAAAAACAUUUUCGGGGUUUUCUGGUGGCUCCUCCUCUUGUUUGCAGAGGUCAAGCUCAGGAAAGGUUGUGCCGAACAAGAUAUUCAGAACGAAAAGUUCGGAACAGCCAUGGAUGAAUCAUCCCAUUCAUUGGUCAUUGAAGCAUUGCGGCCUAAUUCGACGGUCGCUCCGCAAGCAUUACCAAGCCCUUCAAAUCUCCGUCUUUUAGGAAAACGUCCGUCACAUCCCAAAUCGAAAAAGCGGCUGAGGUCAAAUGAAGAACUGGAUUCGACAAUCAUCCAACCGAAUAAGAAGUUUAAAUCUCACUCAACGUCCUGGUCACAGUCAGGAGCCUUGGAGACAUCUGAGAAAUUAUCGAAGAGAAAAGUUAAGCACCCGGGUCCUUCGCUCAGCAUGCACCUGGAUCAAUUGCCCGCCAUCGACUUCCAAUGCGACGCUUCUGCGCCUCUUCCAUCAACUCCAUCCACUCCUACAGCCACCAGCUUUGAGUGCAAGGAUAGACCUCGAGUGACCAUUCAUUGUAAAAAUGAAACGAAAACGGUAGAGAUCGCGACGUUGCAGGAAGCAAGAGCGGAAGGAAUGACAAGAGCAGAGCAGAAUGUAAUCCAGACACAGGGUCAACACCCAACAAAAUGUGCGACAGAGAUGAUUCCGACUGAAUCCAUGGAUCACAAUUUUAGUUCCGCGCAUUAUCGUGGUUCAGAGGUCGAGAGCGAGCACAACAAUGAGUGGAAGAAACUCGUUUUGGCCAUGAUCUUCCAGCUCAAGAAUUUGCCUACGGAAAAACUUGUGUUUGUUCCUACGUUGGUUCUCAAUGGCUUCGAUUACCUUCGGGACCCAGAGCAGUUCUUACAAGAGUUUGCUGACGAUCCGCAAGGCUUGAUCGACACUGUCUACUCCUUCAAAGAAAUUGACGGUCGCACGCGGCAAGUUAUCAUCAAAUCAGUCCUCUAUCACGCGAAGGAUAUCGUUGGCUUGCGCUCGAUUAUUGUCGACGUAGAAUGCCUCUGCACAAAACCUGGCUGUGAAUGGCAUGGGAAUGGGAGAAAGGUUGUGAAGAUCAGUUAUAUGUCCACGACUCGGACAUCGGAACCACGACUUAUCAAGGAGGUCAGAUUGAAAGCAGAGUCCACCAGCGAACUCUGGGCACUCAACCAUCUUCCAAAUCCAAUUCACUCACUCACUCUACUCCCCAAUAGAAGGAAAGCGUCUCAUAGACGCUUGAAAAAAAAUCUCAAGGAGAAAUAUAAAGAACGAGCGAUGCAUGUCACAGUUCUCGAGCAACUUUAUCCGCUUUCUGAGUUGGAAGAUCCGCGAGAUUUCGCGCAAGUGUUUUACGACAUACUACAAAGUACGCCGCCAAUCUUUGAUUUAAUGUAUCCUCAUCAUCUCACUGGCCCUUGCGCGUUAAUCUACAUAGCUCAUCAAUGGCUUUAUGAAUGUGGUGGAAUUCUCCAUCGUGAUCUCAGCUCGGGCAACAUCAUGUUCAGACGCAAAGAUGGCAAGAUUUAUGGUGUCUUGAAUGAUUUCGACCUCUCUUCUCGCGUCGAAGACGUGGACAACGGCGACAUCCGUACAGGUACCAGACCAUUCAUGUCUCUUGAUCUGCUGAAUUCCUACUGGGAGGGUGGUCACCUUUAUCGUCACGAUCUAGAGUCGUUGUUUUACAUCAUACUCUGUUCCAGCAUCGUUCUUCUCGAUACGUAUCCAACACCGAUCUACGUUACUUCACAGCCGAUUGCACUCCAGGAUGCACCAAUCCGCUAUCUUUCUACUCAUCAAGUCGAUCAUACAAUCUCAUCGUUGGCUGAACGCUUCUCGCCUCCAAAUUUUGUGCAUUCCACAACCUCGGUUGCUCUUAUGUCCUAUGUAGCAUCAACACCCCAGACAACGUCGCGUCCCGACUUGAAAGCAACGCUCCUACUUUUGCCUUUCCCGAGGAUCCCAACGUCUGUUCCAAAAAUUCUUGGACGGUCCGAUUUCUCUCACCUCACUGAGGACGAGUAUCAAUGGUCUGAAGUUAUGAUGAAUAUCAUACAGAAGCUGUUAUUCGUCGCGGUUGGAGAGAAGCCUGAUGUUUGGCACACACCAUUGAACAGUAGCAGUAGUAAAUCGUCAGUCAAUGUCUUCGUCAAAGCACAAAAUUUCCGUAUUCGUUCUAGUCAAGCAAAGCCUUUUUAUCAAAGCUUUGAACACAACCUCAACGCGUCGUAA